UGGCGGCCGCGGCGGCUCGUGGCUGCCUGGGCGCUGGGCUGGUGGCGCGGGUGCCCCCGGGUUGACGCGGUUCUCCGCCCCGCCAUCGCUGGCCUUCUGCCUCUCGCCGCCCGGCGUGACCCGCGCCUCUCCUGCCGCCUCCGCGCAGCCCUGGCGGUGCAAGGCAUGAAGCUGAGCAAAGCCCAGUACGAUGAGAUAGCCCAGUUCCUGGGGCACGUGCAGCCCACCCGGCAGAGUCUGAGGAAGCUGAAGGAGAAGUUUCCUAGUCAAUCGCAGUCCACUCUGCUGAGCAUCUUCUCCCAGGAGUACCAGAAACAAAUUAAAAGAACACAUGCCAAGCAUCACACUGCUGAAGCUAUCGAAACUUACUACCAAAGGUAUCUGAAUGGGGUGAUGAAAAAUGCAGCUGCCCCAGUAUUACUGGACCUGGCCAAUGAGGUGGACUUUGCCCCAUCAUUGAUGGCUCGUAUUGUGUUGGAGAGAUUUCUACAAGAAAAAGAACAAGCCAUCCCCUCCAAAACUCUUAUAAAUAGCAUGCUACGGGACCCUUCUCAGAUUCCAGAUGGAGUGCUAGCAAAUCAAGUCUAUCAGUGUACUGUGAAUGACUGUUGUUAUGGACCACUGGUGGACUGCAUCAAACAUGCUAUUGGGCAUGAGCACGAAGUCUUGCUGCGAGAAAUGCUUUUGGAAAAAAAUCUCUCUUUCAUAGCUGAAGAUCAGCUUCGUGCAAAGGGUUAUGACAAAACACCAGACUUUAUUUUAGAAGUGCCAGUAGCUGUGGAAGGACACAUCAUUCACUGGAUUGAAAGCAAAGCCUCAUUUGGUGAUGAAAGUAGCCACCAAGCCCACUUGCAGGACCAGUUUUGGAGCUACUGGAACAGAUUUGGCCCUGGGUUAGUCAUCUACUGGUACGGAUUUAUUGAAGAGCUGGACUGCCAUCGUGAGCGUGGUAUCCUGCUAAAAGACUGCUUCCCUACUGACAUCGUGACUCUGCGGCACAGCAUGGCUCAGCGCUGAUGUUGGGAGGAAGAGGUACUGUAGCAAAUUUCUGGCACACUGAAGCCCAAAAGAGCAACGUGCAGGAGCUUUCUAUGUGACUUAUUUCUGAAGGAGUUUACCAUCCUGGUGUUCAAGAAGGGGAAUUUAAAAAAGGAUACAACAGUGCUUCAUACUGGAUCAGUUCCACAA